AAGAAGAUCAUGAAAAAUGAAUUGCCCUUAGAAAAGAAUUCAUUCAUACAUUUUAAACCUUUCAGUUUUGGUCUUGAAAAUAAUGGCUUCUACAUGUAAGUUUUUUGACGAAGAUGCAGUAUAUAGAAUCAACAAGAAGCGAUUUAUUGAUGUAGGACUUGUUUUAGAAAAUUCUGAAUUUAUUAGCAGUGAUGAGGAACAAUCUGACGAUCCUACAUGUAAAGAUUGGGAGCGAAUGAAGAAAGGACAUAUUCGCGUAGCGUGGCACCCAAACGGAGCAGAAGAGGUUUUGCCCGAAAGAAAAGUGAAAUUGUGUGACAGGUCUUUAAUGCCUGGUGAUGUGGUGAGAAAAGUGGUUAAAGGAAAAGACACUCAGUUUGGCUACUGCAGAUACACUGUUGUGAAAGCUGAUGUACAAGUAGUUGGAACUAAGCAAGUUGUUGUUGGUGUGAAUAGCAAAGAUUUAGUGCCUCUAGAAGAAUUUGCUACAGAUGUUGCAGUUUUUAAGGAUUCUUGGGUUGGAAUGGUAAAAACAAUGAAAACUGAACUCACUUUACGAUGCUCUGAUGGAUCUAGAUGUGUUAUGUCUGAAGUUGAUGCAUUUGAUAUGGAUGAUGUGCUUGACAGAAGAGACAGAGCUUCUGAAUUCAAAAAAUAUAGUUUUUAUCCUGGCCAGCAGCUUUGGGGUCCUACUUACUGUUUUCAACGAGUAAAGUGGCUGGUUAUAAAUAAAGCAAUAAGUGAUAUAUUGAACUGUCCAAACAAGAGUAUCAGAGCCACUGUAGAAGAUGUCAAAAUAGUUUCCUUGGGUGUACAGUGGGUUUGUAAAGCUUAUAGUGAAGAGAAUUUUAGAAAUCGUGCUACAGAUACUCCUAAAUAUCAAGUGACUGGCGAUGAUUUAAAGUCAAUAAAAAUGAUGAAUAUAUUAGAGCCUUGCACCCUUCAAAUUGGAGAUAGGAACUAUUUGGUAAUGAAAGAUAGCUAUGAGAUUGUGUCAGUGCACGAUUGGAAGAAUCGUAUGUCAGGUCGAUUGACAGUUGACAGCUCAGAUUCUCCCAUCCUGAAAAGGAGAAGUGCCAGAAAAACAGUCAUUCCCAACUUCAUCCAGAAUAACAAUAUUGACUCUAAUUGUGUGUCCAAUGAUACUGAUAACUCUGAUUUUGAAGAUAUGGAUGAUGAGGAGAGCGGCAGAUCUUCGGAUGCUUCAUCUGUAACUAGUCAUUCUACAGCAUCUUCUGUCGAGAACACCAAUAUGCAUAAGAAAGGGAGAAAAGGUCCACAUUAUGCUACAAAAAUGAAAAAGAAAAAAAGUGUCAGGAGGCGUGCCAUGCGCCAUGUUAUGAAAGAAGCAUUACCCUUGACUCCUGGUGAGAAACUAGUCACUGAAGCCUUAAUUACUGAAACCAAAGCUGAUGUGGUUUGGCAAGAUGGUUCUCUAGAACACAACAUUUUGUCUACUUCCUUGUAUCCAGUCCAUCAUUUGGACAGCCAUGAAUUUUUUCCUGGAGAUUAUGUUGUAGAUAAUAAAGAAUCUCGACCAUACGAGUAUGGUGUAGUUAAACAAGUUGAUCACAGUGGUCGAACAGCUCUAGUCACAUGGAUGAAGACUUACCAUGCUGGUGGAAAUCCUCAUCCUGAAAUAUUGACUGAAGAAGAAGUUAGUGUGUAUGACAUUAAAGAUCAUCCAGAUUUUAAAUAUAGACCAGGAGCUUGUGUAAUACGUGUAGUCAACUCAGAAGAUCUCAAUCCAUCAUCUACUGCUGGUCAGGUAGUUGAUGUACACGCCACUGGUCAAGUAGAAGUGUCAUGGGUGAGUGGUGAGAAAUCUUUGUGCUAUCCCCAGGAACUUUACAGAGUUGGUGAAUAUUUUCACUGCAAUGUAGAUAUCUUGCAGGAUUCUGAUGAUUUGUGGGCUGAUGAUGAUUCCUUUUCUGAUGAAGAUAGUUGGGAGACUGAAUCUGAAAAAUCUGUUCUUGGAAUUGAAGACGGGCCAACCGAAAAAGAAGUUGACAUAACUGCUAAAGAACUUGAAAAAGUCUCACUGAAAAAGCUGUUCCAAGAUGAUGAUGAGAAUGAGGAAAAGUCAGCAGAAGACAUGCAAGAGAAGCUGUUAGCAAACAUAGAAAAGUUGAGAGCAGGAAUGGCUCGAUUAGAAGAAGUUUUCACUCAAAAUCCCACACUUCAGACAUGCAAUGUCAUGAGAAGAUUAUUGGAGCUGUACAAACAUUGCAAGGUUUUGGAUCAGCUUUUAGGAACAACUUAUUUCCAUGAACGGCAUUUGCAAUCCCUUGUUGAAAGAUUGAAACACAGAGGUCGUGUAAAUAGCAUACAACAUAUGGCUGACCAAAUAUUUAGACUUUUCUCAACCAAUGAUGCAAAUACAGAUGUCAGUGAACCCCAACCCAAAGAAGAGAAUGUUCCGGAAUCUGAAAGUGUGACAGACUCUUCCAAAGUGGACAUUGAUAUACUUAUAGAAUCUCCUAGUGAUCCUGCACCUACCUUCUUUUUCACAAAUUGUAACGAUGACUGUUCUAACAAAAAGCCUUUGUUAUCACCUGUAAGCCCAACUUCUGGAAACACCAGUGAACCCCGCAAUCUGUGCCAGCAGCUCUGCUCCAUUCUGAAGUCACGACUGUUAAAAGCUCACGAAGAUGCCGAACUCCGUUUCGGUAUGCCCCGUAGUGAAACUAGUGCUCUUCUUGCAGCAGAUGCUGAGCAAAUUCCAAAAGUGCCAAUUAAAAAAGACUCUGAAGUGAAUGAAUCUGUUGAAGAUACUGUGGGUGAAGAACAUAAAGAACCUGCAGAGAAAGAAUCCACGCCAAAUCCGGAGGAAGAUUUGCCGGAUGAGACUUCACUUGGUCAAGGUACGUUUUCAAUGCUUGAAUCAGUUCCUGAUAGUCAUAAAUAUAAAUUAAGCAUUUUUCAGCCUACAGAACCUAGUGCCUUCUUUAGAAUUGUUAGAAAAGAGAUGAAAAUCUUAAAAUCAUCUUUGCCCGAUGGAAUCAUAGUGAAAAGCUUUGAAGAUAGAAUUGAUCUGUAUUCAGUUUUGAUCAAAGGCCCCAAACGUACACCAUACGAAGAUGGGUUGUUUUUCUUUGAUUUCCAGUUUCCUGCUGAUUAUCCAAAGAUGCCGCCACUCUGCCACUAUAUUUCAUACUGCUCUGAUCGCCUCAACCCGAAUCUCUAUGAAGGUGGUAAAGUGUGCGUCAGUCUUCUAGGAACAUGGGGUGGAAAGGGUACAGAAGUAUGGAACCCAGAAACAUCUAAUCUUCUUCAAGUUAUUGUUUCUAUUCAGGGUUUGAUAUUAGUAUCAGAACCGUAUUAUAAUGAAGCUGGCUAUGAAAGACAAAAAGGCACUCAACAAGGCAUGGAAAAUAGUAGGAUGUAUAAUGAAAUGGUUGUGUUAAAACUAGUCCAGGCAAUGGCCAAGUUAUUGGUGAGUCCACCUGAAGUGUUCCAAGAAGAAAUUGCAGAGCAUUUUCAAACACAAGCGUCAAAGCUAAUUAAAAGGUUAGAAGGAUGGUUAACUAUUUCAGAAACUUGGAAUACAGCUCAUCCUACUUCUCCUACCUCACCCACCACAUUUAAAGAACUAUACAAUUCAGUAGGUGACAACUCAACUCAUGGUGUUCAUUUACCGGAAUUUCCCUUGAUUCCUGCAUCUAAAGGAUUUUGUUUAACUCUGAGAAAGUCUCUGGCAGAUUUCAGAAGUCUUCUCCUAUCUUCCAACAUCAAUAUCAGCUAGUCUAUAAAUUAUUUAAACAAUUUUCCUGUUUUUGUUUUGUUUUUUGUUUUUAAAUAGAAUAUUAAUACAGUAUUUAAGUAUACAUAGAAUUUGGUUAGUCAUCGCAAUAACUUAUUUCUCGUUGUUCUGUGUAUUAUCCUUUUUUUUUUCUUCAAAAAAUUUAGUUCCUGUUUUUAUGAAUUUGUUAGGAUCUCUUCUCAUUUUGGAAAUGUCUUUUGAAGGACUUCAUUUUUGUUAGUCAAAAAAUUUUAUUAUUUAUUUUCUUUUGUUCUUAUUUUUAUCUGAUAUUUAUUGUUAUAGCCUGGAUUUUGAUGACUUAAAAUGCUCUUUAAAUAUAAAAAUAUCUUAAUUAUACCUAAAAUCUUUUAUCAUUAAGCAAAAUAUUUUAAUCUUAACUUCUUAUCU